GUCAUCACAGUGAGGCUAUAGAUUUUCCGAAACAUGGCUUCUGGAACGGAAGUACAGGGACUUCAAGUGACUCGUCUACCUCCUCAUCUAGAAGGAAAUUUGAUUUAUCACAGACCAACUACGUUUGGAAGACCAAAACGAGCUUUCUUUGUGCUGUUAGAAACAGUGAUACUUCAAUAUGAAAGCAAGGACUGUUAUCACAAAGGACAAAGAUCAAAAGAAAAUUUUAAAAUCAAUCUGGAAGAGGUAUGUGGUAUUACAGAAAUGUUGAUGUCCAAUAAACAAUACAAGAACUGCAGCUUCAAGCUGACACUAAAUGACAAAGAGGCUACGGAGUACAAGUUUUCUGCUGAGUCCAGGCAAGCAAUGGAAAAGUGGGUGAAUGGCUUAAGAGAUGCAAAGGAAUUCUGGAUACAGCAUCAUAAGAGGCUAGAAUUCACACAAAAGAGAAGUACUGGGACUCACAUAGUUGAGCCUAUGACCGUGCAUAAUGAAGCAGACAAUUUAGAUGACAGUACUUCAAGCAGCUUCACUGAAAACUGUGAACCAGUUCAAGUAUCUGUCACCACGUGGAAUCAAAUAACUCUCAAGGUUCUCCUUCCGUCUGUUUUUGACAUGGAAGAGCUUCUCACUGCGCUUUCUACAAAGUUACAAAGUAAACGGUGUGCUGGUUGUCCUAUCUGUAGACUUCAAAAGUCCUCCAUGGAAGUCUGGAUAGUAACUGCCAAUGGAAUUGGUGAUUUUCUUAAAUUUAUUUUUAGAGUAUUGGUUUUUCUAGGAAGACAUAGAUGUUUCCCAAAUUCUGAAAUUGCUUCCAUAACCUACCCCUCUUUCUUAAACGCUUCACAGGUUCCAUAUCUUCCCAUAUUUGCUGACAAGCUUUCGUCUCUUGGUUUCAGUAACUUUGGUCUGUUUCUGGUCAAUGAGAAGGGAACAUCACUUCCCUUCAGUCCAGAAGAAGAACCAUUAAAACAUUCGUUUCAAGGACGAUUAAUGCUAAAAACCAGAGCACUGACUAUUUCACCUCCGAUUUCUUCAGGGAGCUGGGAAAUUCAAGGACAAAGGCUUAGGAAGAACCAGCAGAACAGGAUGAAUCAAAAAGCAUUGAAAAUAGUCGAGAAAGAAAAGUGCAAGCAUUUCCAGGUACGCAGCACAAGCAAGGAAGGGUUUUCUCCGCCAGAUGGUCUGGUGUUUAACAACGAACAUUAUGGUGUUUCUGGUGACUUGAACCAACCUUCUGCCCUAACUGACUCUAUUGAGCACACCGAGUGUAUACAAGCAACGGCAGACGGAGAAAAUGGAUCGACUGAGCCAAAACCUUCGGUUGAGAAUUUCAGCACUUCUCAAGAAGAAGACAACGGCACGGAUGAGCUUGUUCCUAAUGAGCAGACGACUGAAAGUCGCUCACCCGAAAAGUGUAUAAAUGAAUUCCCUGAAGGGUCUGUUGGGAUUGCUACGAGGGUCAGAGAAGGAAAUGAAUGGAGCCUGGAUAAACACAGUUCUACGUUAAUCGCUAAUUCGUCGCUCAUUAGUGAACAUGUGUCAAUUGUCCAAGGAAAGGAAAAUUCCCUAAACCAUUCAGACUACUGUGCCGAAAAUGGUCGUUCAUCUGAACAGACGGAAGAAAGCACAAAAAUUGAAAGUAUCGACUUCCACAAGGAAGGAUCUUUGUCUAGCGAUUGUGAAACGUGUGAAACAAAUGAACCCACGUCGACUGACGACAAUAGAGGUAAGGCUGCGGCAGCAUCCGCAAGUGGUGACGAGGACGCAAGAACUGAACGUAAUUUGAGAAUCAGUGCACUCGUGAAUUGCGCCAACGAAACAUCAACAUUUGGCGACGAAACUUCCAUUAAAAAUGAAACCAUUGGACCGGCAUCUAAUGAAGACCAACAUGCUGGAGCAAACGAAGAAAUGGCUGCACAAAAUGGGGGCAGUGAGAAUCACAUUGAAACAAAGAUUCCUGGUACAGCAUCUAGUGAUGUCGUGACUCUUUCAGCUCAAGAUGAAACUCCGUCUGACGCGAGAAAGUGUACUGAAAACCUUGCAAGACCAGUAACAGAUUCGGUAGGUAGUACAGAAAUCCACGAAAAGUUUCGUUCUCGUUCUGUAUUGGUUGACAAACUGACUGACGGUCCCUGCUCGUCUUGCGUUUCUCAUGAACGUCUGCCCGAUGACAUCCACCAGUGUGAUUACACUAUUAUUAGUUCCCCUCGGGUCCUAAAGGUGGUUUUAAAGGCGUGUUCGGGUCACAAAGCUAAUGAAGAGGAAGUGGGUGAAGCUAAUAAAUUUUCAAGGAUUUGUCUUUCUGGAUGGCACUUACAGUGCGAGGAUGGGUCGUGGAUUGUGGUAGAACAGGGAAGAUCUCAUAGCGAUUGUGACACUCCAGGUAUCAACAUUCAAUUAUCAGAAAGGCUUGGUGCUUUCUUUCAUAAAGAAGAGAGGCUAUGGACUGUGAUAGAAAAUGCGCAUGUCGCUAAUGAACCAGAGGAGGUCAAAAAUCAGAUUCAGAAUCAAGAUGUAAGUGCCAUAUUUGCUGGGACAGAAAAUUCGCCCAAUGAUGUUACACCUCAGGAUCAAUCUGUUACGUCUUAUCUCAGUCCAGGUAACGCUCACCAAGAUCUCAGUGUCACGUUUUCAGGUGAUGAAGCCAGACAAGUUACUAAGACAAACUUUGGAACUUGCAAACCUCCUGGAAGUUGCACAGUUGUUCCAAAUCCAAGAUCGGAGUCGGCAAAUCAAGGACCUCUUCAUGCAGCCAUUCAACAGAUUUUCCAAAGGAUGGCCAUGUUCAGGAGAUCGGCAGUGGACGUCCUUGAUGAUAACAAACAUGAAACCAUUAUAGAGAUUAUUUGUAACUCUCUAUGCAGCGCUCUUUGGGACGUCCUGUCAGUUGGACUUCGAAAAAGGUUUAUUGGUAAAUACACAGUCUGGAAUGUGGUUGAAGAGUUCAAGGAUGUUUCGAGUCAUGUGUGCCGAACCGUGGACUGGGUAAACACCAAGUACGUUCUUCUUGGUGAAACACAAAAAUUCCAAGCGUUUGUUUGCGAAUGUCUCAACAUCGGACAUGGUACCUUGCACCAGUGGCUCAAAAGCCUUUUUAAACAAAACGAGAAGAAACUUAACAAGUACUACAAUCAAGAUGGCAUAGUCUUUCACCUUUCUCGUGAAAAGUUAGAAGAACUGGUGUCCGAUUUAUCACAAAUCAGUUCCCUGCGUUUUGACCUAAACUUUGAAAGUUGGAUCAGAACACAGGGUUAUGACCUUAAUAAGGCAGCUUUUGCAUUUGAAUAGCGAUCUACCAGUAUAUGUACGGCUCCUAGAAACUAAGUCUAUGACAAUGCAAACAAGUCGUACCAACACCAGUCCUCAACCUCAAAAAAAUUACCUGAACUCUAAAGUUACAGAAAUUACCUUUGAAUUCUGUUGUAAUACUAGAUACCUGCGCUAUCUGCGAACGAGUCUGAAUAAUUAAGUUAGAAGUACGUGCAGAAUGUGCUAGCAGCUAAAGCUUGGUUUUCACUAGCGAAGCAAGCACAAGCGCAAGCACAAACGCAAGUAAUAGGGAUGGCCCAAGUGAAAACGAGAUUCGAUGCAAACUCAAGCACAAGAAAAAUCAUCCGAACCAUCCAAACUGUUUAGGCGCGAGGUAAUCUGGAUCCAAUGUUUUCAUUGGCCAAACAUAACCAAAUAUCCAUGUGCUUGUGUCAUUCCUGAGCGGUAUUUCGUUUUCACUUGCUGCAGCGCAAACGCAAGCAUAAGCGCAGCACAGGAAAAGGAAAAUUUUUUAUCAUUGUCAGAUGUGUUUGUGCUUACGCUUGUGCCUAUGCCUGCGUCAAGGCCGUUUUCAUGGUGAAAUAAGAAUUAUUGUGUUUGCGCUUGUGCUUGCGCUUGUCCUUGCGUCGCUAGUAAUUGUUAUUCAAGUUCAGUUGAGUUUAACCGUCGCUCAGUUUAAAUAUAAUUUUGUGUCGAGUUCGCGUUCGGAAAUUAAAGUAUAGAGAGUCAAGUAGAAUGAGGAAACAAAUUCUGAAAAAGUUAAGUGCUGGUGAAACUUCUUUCAUCCUUGUUAGGCAAUUUCGCAACAUGUUUUGGGCAGACGACUGCAACUUGUCUGUUACAGAAGGUUUUUCAAAUGCCGAAACUGACAUUCUGGACGAAAAUUUGUCCAUCGUUUGUACAACAUAGAUCCUAACAGAAUGGUCAAACAGCUAAUAUUUGAGAUGAUUUUUCUGUCAGUGAACGCACAGGCAUACACCGAAAAAGAAUUUCUAGUUCUCCAGCAAGGAUUCAAACCUAUGUACUAGUUACUAGCCCAGAUGCUCUACAGGAGAAAUGUGAAAGCGAAGGCCAACAAACAUCCUCCAACAUUUAUACCCAACUGUUGGGAACAUUUGACCAAAACCUUACGCGCCCCAGAUGUGAGCAACCGGUCUAACGGUUAGCGUAAAACUGACAUUUGCUAGCCGUCUUUUAUACUAUACACAUUUGGCUUACAAAUUAUCUUCAGCAGUGAAAUGAAGCAAGCCAAGAACACACUUGAGCAAUUAUAAAAAAAAACUUAAACGAUGCAUCAUGAUAUGAAGUAAGUUUAUACUGUAACAAUUUCAUCUGAUGGUAUAUCGUGGUGGUGUUAAUACGAACUAUAAUUAUACUACUUUUACUGUUACAGAAAACUUAUCUUCAUUGUAUUUUAUGAUGUAACAUAUCAAUGUUUUUUCUUAAAUUUAGUGACGAUAACAUAGUCGGAUUUGAAUUCUUUGAAGGUUCGAAAAGGCAAGUAAUGAAUAAUUUGAUUAUUGUUUCAUGUGAAAGUGAGUUUCAUUUACAUAGAAUUUAUUACUGAAAAAAAAUAUAUAUAACGUUUUGCACAUAAACAAUUCUGGAUUUUUCAAAUAGGUAGUCCUGAUAAGAAAACGUCUUCGAAAAGUGACCUACAAUUUCCAAGUUAAUCGUCGAGAUAAUUCAACUCUGCUACAAGGACAAAUUCGUCUCCGUUGUGAUCUCUAAGCGGUCGUGUGAAUGCGCUUUCAAUAAAUUUGUUCACUAUUA